AUGUACGCCACUGUUGGAAGAAGGAAGAAGUGGGGCCGAAGCGGUACAGAAGGAAGAUUGAUAGAUUUAUGCAGUAAACCAAAAGUUGACUACGCGAAUAUUGCCUUUCUGGAAAAUUUUGGCGGUCGCCAAACACCUCAAUUGAACUUAUCUCAAUGUUGUGCGCCGAGUGAUUGUCCACAACUGAGUUCAGAGAUAGAAGAUUGCCAGAACCAAAGCAUCCAACUGUUAAUUUCUCUCGCAGGACAACCGAACCUUACUUCCAUCGAUGAUGCUCGUGAAGUGGCAUCCUGUCUCUGGAACUGUUUCAUAGGUGGUUAUUCAGACUCUCAUCCAUUAGGCAAAGCUGUUUUAGAUGGUGUAGAGUUUCAUAUCCAUAGGGGAAACCCGGCAUCCUUGGACGAUCUUGCUCGGGCACUAUUGGAAUACAAUACCCUGGAGAAGAAGCAGAUGUACUUAGCUGCCGCACCGGAAUGUCCUCUGCCUGUUCAUGCUCUUGACGCUGUUAUCAGAAUUCAGAACUGGCUUUCUUGA